GUAAUGGUUCCGCGGUUUCCACCCGGAACGACUAAAUAGUGACACAGACGGAGCAGGUUCAGGCUAGUGUGCUAGCAGCUAACGGAUCCGCACGAAAUGGCUGAAGAAGACUGGUUUGACCACAACUGAGGCCAUUUUAUUAGCUACUGCGUUUAAAGAUGUGCCGUUGAAGAAUGCGAUAUAUGUGAGUACCUGUAGUCGGUGCUGUUUGUGUGUUGGCUGCUCCUGUCGCUGUGGAAAGCGCCUCGUUCUGACGUGGCUAACAACAGGCUCGCUAACUAGCUCCAAGCUAACUGAGCAGUAGCAUGACAGCAAGGAGCAGAUUACCUGUAAAGUGAGAUUGGAGUGUCUCUUGUCAACCUGACGGUCAUGGAGAAGUCAUGGCGGUUGUGGGGAGCACUGGAGCGAUGUAUGGUGACCGUGGGCUCCUGGUCGUGGGGGGCUUGUCGCAUCUCACUGCUGGCCCUUAUACUCACCUUCCACCUGUAUGGAGGCCUUUUACUGCUGGGUCUCAUCCUGGCCUCUGUGGCUGGGAUCUUGUACAAGUUUCAGGACGUGCUGCUUUACUUCCCUGACCAGCCUUCAUCCUCAAGGCUGUACGUCCCUAUGCCGACAGGUAUUCCACAUGAGAACGUGUACAUACGCACUAAGGACGGUGUGCGGCUCAACGUGAUUUUGCUUCGCUACACCGGUGAAAAUCCUGCGUCUGCCCCCACCAUUUUGUAUUUUCAUGGCAAUGCAGGGAACAUUGGCCACCGAGUGCCUAAUGCGCUGCUCAUGCUUGUUAACCUGAAGGCCAAUGUGGUUCUGGUAGACUACCGAGGUUAUGGGAAGAGUGAUGGCGAGCCCAGUGAAGAGGGCUUGUAUCAGGAUGCUGAGGCCACCCUGGACUAUGUCAUGUCCAGGCCAGACAUUGACAAAACUAAGAUGGUACUAUUUGGACGCUCACUGGGAGGAGCGGUGGCCAUCAGGUUGGCCUCGGUCAACCCUCACCGUGUGGCUGCUAUCAUGGUUGAAAACACUUUCUUGAGCAUCCCACACAUGGCAGCAACCCUCUUCUCUUUCUUUCCAAUGCGCUACCUGCCCCUUUGGUGCUAUAAGAACAAAUUUUUGUCCUACAGACAUGUGGCACUGUGUCGCAUGCCUUCCCUUUUUAUUUCUGGCCUAUCGGACCAGCUCAUCCCCCCAGUUAUGAUGAAGCAGCUGUAUGAGCUGUCUCCCGCACGGACUAAACGCAUUGCCAUCUUCCCUGAGGGCACACACAACGAUACCUGGCAAUGCCAGGGUUACUUUGCAGCUCUGGAGCAGUUCAUGAAAGAGCUGCUGAAAAGCCAUGCCCAAGAGGAAACGUCCCAGGGCUCGGCCAGCGUCACCAUCAUCUAGGGCAAUGAAUGCUCCCGCUGCUCAGUGUGGACAUGCUGUUAUGGAAUGUACAUUUUUAUAUUCUUUCUUCUCUUCCCCACAUUAAUUUCUAGCACUUAAUUUUCAGUGAUAUGAUACUGAUAAGAGUUCAGACAUGAGGUUAUUGAGUGGCCCGGGUUGCGUUUUAAAUGCCUUCAAAACCUUUUUUUUUUUUUUAAAUAUGAAUGCAUGAUCUGCUUCUGUAAUGUAAUGUCCUUUUAGCCUUCUUUCAUUUGUGCACACUCAUUCACACUGACUGUACAGGACUUUUCUUUUAUACAAAGACUUUGCCAUCAGUGGUAUACCAAAUGUUCACCCAUUUGCAAGUCCUGCUGUAUAAUAAAGAUACUUGCCUAAUAAUGUCAGGCUAAGUGUUAAACAUU